UGUAUCUUUAAAAUCUCCUUGCCGUAAUGUCCCUAGAAUAUGUGCACUAUACACCUACUACACCUCCGCUAGCGUGGAGUUGACUUGACACAAAGUCUACUCAGGAAACAACUGCAGUCGGUGUGCAGGAGGUGUGUGUGCCUCGUGUGAGUGUGUGUGAGUGUAUGUGAGUGUGUAUAGAUAACGCCAGACUGCAGCCAUGAGCAACCCGUUCGCCCGCAUAGUGGAGUCGCUGGACCCAGAGAACCCCGACCACAAGUUCUUCAACCUCACCAAGCUUGGAGACCCCAGAUAUGUGCGUCUGCCGUUCUCCAUCCGUGUGCUACUGGAGUCUGCGGUGCGGAACUGUGAUGAGUUCCUCGUGAAGAGUUCCGAUGUGGAGAACAUUCUGGACUGGCAGAACACGCAGACCAAGAGCGUGGAGGUUCCCUUCAGACCCGCACGGGUCAUCCUGCAGGACUUCACGGGUGUCCCUGCGGUGGUGGACUUCGCUGCCAUGCGUGAUGCGGUUACGGAACUGGGCGGAGCCCCGCAGAAGAUCAACCCUGUCUGCCCCGCCGACCUCGUCAUUGACCAUUCCAUCCAGGUGGACUUCACCAGGAAGUCUGACAGCCUGCAGAAGAAUCAAGACCUGGAGUUCGAGAGAAAUCGAGAAAGAUUCCAGUUUUUGAAGUGGGGUUCUAAAGCAUUCCGGAACAUGCGCAUCAUUCCGCCGGGCUCGGGCAUCGUGCACCAGGUGAAUCUGGAGUACCUGGCGCGGGUGGUGUUCCAGCAGGACGGCUACUUCUACCCCGACAGCCUGGUGGGCACCGACUCCCACACCACCAUGAUCGACGGCCUGGGCGUCCUCGGCUGGGGAGUGGGCGGGAUCGAGGCGGAGGCGGUCAUGCUGGGCCAGCCAAUCAGCAUGGUGCUGCCAGAGGUCAUAGGUUACCGGCUGCAGGGGACCCCCAACACCCUCAUCACCUCCACUGAUAUCGUCCUCACCAUCACCAAGCACCUGCGGCAGGUGGGUGUGGUGGGGAAGUUCGUGGAGUUCUUCGGGCCGGGCGUGGCCCAGCUGUCCAUCGCUGACCGGGCCACCAUCGCCAACAUGUGCCCCGAGUACGGCGCCACCGCUGCCUUCUUCCCCGUUGACCACGUCAGCAUGCAGUACCUGGAGCAGACAGGUAGAGACGCGGAGAAGUUGACUUAUAUCACUAGGUAUCUGAAGGCAGUGGGGAUGUUCAGAGACUACAGUAACGAGUCACAGGAUCCUGACUUCACCCAGGUGGUGGAGAUGGAUCUGAGUGCGGUGGUGCCCUGCUGCAGUGGUCCCAAGAGGCCACAGGACCGCGUGGCCGUGUCCGACAUGAGGUCAGAUUUUGAGGCCUGUCUGGGGGCCAAGCAAGGUUUCAAGGGCUUCCAGAUCUCGGCUGAGCGCCAUGUGGACUCGGUGCCGUUCCAGUUUAACGGAGUGGACUACUCGCUCUCACACGGAUCCGUCGUCAUAGCAGCCAUCACCAGCUGCACCAACACCAGCAACCCCUCCGUCAUGCUGGGGGCUGGUCUGCUGGCCAAGAAGGCCAUAGAGCUGGGGCUUAGUGUGAAGCCGUACAUCAAGACCAGCCUGUCGCCAGGCAGCGGCGUGGUCACCUACUACCUGAAGGAGAGUGGAGUCAUGGACUACCUGACCCAGCUGGGGUUUGAGGUGGUGGGCUAUGGUUGCAUGACGUGCAUUGGCAACAGUGGACCCUUACCUGAGCCUGUGGUUGAGGCAAUCACUCAGGGCGACCUGGUGGCAGCUGGUAUCCUGUCGGGCAACCGUAACUUUGAGGGGCGCGUGCACCCCAACACUCGUGCCAACUACCUGGCGUCGCCACCCCUCGUCAUCGCCUAUGCCAUCGCGGGCACCGUCCGCAUCGACUUCGAGAAGGAGCCCAUCGCGGUGUCAUGUGAGGGGAAGGAGGUGUUCCUGAGGGACAUCUGGCCGACGCGGGAGGAGAUCCAGACUGUGGAGAGGCAGUACGUCAUCCCAGCCAUGUUCAAGGAGGUGUACGAGAAGAUCGAGAAAGUGAAUGAGCAGUGGAACUCUCUGGAGGCUCCAUCUGAUGAGCUCUACACAUGGGACCCCAAGUCCACCUACAUCAAGUCUCCACCCUUCUUUGAAGGACUGACGCGGGAGCUGAAGGCUCCUCAGACCAUCACGGACGCGUACGUGCUGCUGAACUUCGGCGACUCGGUGACCACUGACCACAUCUCCCCUGCAGGCAACAUCGCACGCAACAGCCCCGCUGCCCGCUACCUCACUGGCCGAGGGCUGAGCCCUCGUGAGUUUAACUCAUACGGCUCCAGACGGGGGAAUGACGCGGUCAUGGCUCGUGGAACCUUCGCCAACAUCCGCCUUCUCAACAAGUUCCUGGGCAAGCAAGCGCCCAAAACACUCUACCAGCCCACAGGAGAGACGAUGGACGUGUUUGAUGCUGCCGAGCGCUAUCAGAAGGACGGCUACCCUCUCCUGGUGCUUGCUGGGAAGGAGUACGGCUCUGGGAGCUCCAGAGACUGGGCUGCCAAAGGACCCUUCCUUCUGGGCAUCAAGGCGGUGUUGGCGGAGAGCUAUGAGCGGAUUCACCGUAGCAACCUGGUUGGCAUGGGCAUCAUGCCUCUGGAGUAUCUCCCUGGAGACACGGCCGAGACGCUGGGCCUCACCGGCCAGGAGCGCUACACUGUGGUCAUCCCCCCACAGCUCACACCACGCAUGCUGGUGGACAUCAAGCUGGACACUGGGAAGUCCUUCCAGGCGCGGAUGCGCUUCGACACGGACGUGGAGCUGACCUACUACCACCACGGCGGCAUCCUCAACUACAUGAUCCGCAAGAUGGCCACCGAGUAGAGAGGACCUGAGAGAAGACCUGCUCCGUCUUUCCGGAUGAACCAUCCUAAACGCACACGUUCCCCCCAACUGUUCUGUCCUUUCUUUAUUUCCGUGUCCUCCUGUUGCCAUGGAGACCCAACCCUUCUGUCCUCUCUUUAGUUCCGUGUCCUCCUGUUGCCAUGGAGACCCAACCCUUAUGUCCUCUCUUUAGUUCUGUGUCCUCCUGUUGCCAUGGAGACCCAACCCUUCUGUCCUCUCUUUAGUUCCGUGUCCUCCUGUUGCCAUGGAGACCCAACCCUUCUGUCCUCUCUUUAGUUCCGUGUCCUCCUGUUGCCAUGGAGACCCAACCCUUCUGUCCUCUCUUUAGUUACGUCUCUUUCUGUUGUCGUUUAGGAGCAGACCGUCUUCUGCUCUCAACUGUACACUUCUGUUUUCCCCUGUGUGUGUGUGUGUCUGUGUGCAUGCGUGUGUGCGUGUGUCUUGUUUGUUUGUUUGUUUGUUUGUUUGUUCAGUGCUGCUCUGGUUCACUAGCGCAAGGAACUCUUUUCAAGUGUUUUGAAAUGACCAACUAAUCUAGAGUUGCUACUCACAGCUCCAUACGGUUGCUAACAGAGCUCGCUAACACGGCCCAGAAUCUAAUCCUACCUCAGCGUUUGCCAACAUCACAGGUGCAUCUACACCUGAUGUCAUGACAGGUGCGUCUACGCCACGCCCUAGUCUCAUCACAGGCCAGUCCAAGCAGCACCAGCAUUGACUCAGUUGGCGAACAUGAAGCCCGUGGCGCCGUCAGAAUUUCGUCCGAAGGCCCGUGACUUGCUAAAGGUUUUACUGCUCUGUAGGUUUUACUGCUCCGCCAAACUCAAACGCACAAAUCAUGUGGCUGGUUUAUGUAUUUUACGGCUUGCCCUGAUAGGUUGCCUUGGUGACUCUGUAGCACUUCCUGCCCAGUCUCCUUGGCUGCACUAAAAUGCAGAGGAGGCGGGGCUCUGUUCAGCCCACCCCCAGCAAGGCGACCAAUCAAGUCGUUUUUUUUAACGUAGACCAGUGUGGAAAACCCAAUCAGCAUUCAGUCAGUAGACGGGACUUGGCCCUCGUCUCCAAUUAGGUUGUUAUUCCAAAAGAGUCAGCAAAUGUGCUGUACAUGGAAUAAUACACACACACACACACACACACACACACACACCUAAAUGAAUGAAUAAGUAAUAAAAUACUUAUGUUAGAAGUAAUACUAAUGAUAAUAAUGUUAAUAUACUAGAGGUCUUUUAUAUUACAAUGUGUAAUAUUCCGUAUCUGUGUUGUCUGCGGUGGUUAGGAGGUGUAGUGGGUAAUGGACUCAUGUCUUAUAGGGCAGUCUGAAUAUUUCUCCAAGUGCCUACUGGCAGACUCCAAGAGCAGUUUAAGAUGAGCGGAGUCACACACACACACACACACACGCACACAAGCAAACUCUUGCACAGAGUUUAAGUUGAGCAGAGCCACGGACACACACACAGUUUAAGAUUAGCAGUGAGAGUUUGGCAAAAAGUUUGUUUCUGGUUCUAGCUGUUCUCAACUGAAGGUGAAGUGGUCAUUUUGGAAUGCCCUCAAAGAUCAUGUGUUCUACGCACAUCCAAUCAGCACAGCCAGAGGGCGCUGGAGACCAUGUGUUCUACGGACAUCCAGUCAGCACAGCCAGAGGGCGCUGGAGACCAUGUGUUCUACGCACAGCCAGAGGGCGCUGGAGACCAUGUGUUCUACGCACAUCCAGUCAACACAGCCAGAGGGCGCUGGAGACCCAUCCACUGCCCGCCAGCCUCUUGCCCCCUCCACCAGCUUCCCCCACCACGCAGCCAACCUUAAUCUUGAAUAGAUGCCAUUGCCCCAGUUCAUUUAUUAUUGGUCUCCAUGAAUUAUGUGCUUGAUUAUUGCUCUGAAUGCACUGUUGAUUUUACCUGACGUUUUAAUCAAAUAAAGAUAUUCAAUUAAUGCAUCUUAACACAAUUGUGUAAGAGUUUUGUGUAAGACUAAUGUGGAAUACUCUUUAAUGGAUAAUUCAGUCACAGAAAAACCAAAACCGCCUACUUGUUUCUAACAAAUACAUUUUCCUGCUUUAUGUGUUUAUUUUUCUGGCCGUAUGACUACUAUACAUUGUUCAUUUUAAUGUUAAAAUCAUGUUUAAUGAUUGUAAGUCGUGGAUAAAAGCGCCUGCUAUGAAUGAACCAUAAACGUAUUUGAUCCGA